AUGUCAUCCUUAUUGACGGACUACAUUAUUGGCAAGGCUGCAUUGAUUCACUCUACAGACCUCGUCGUCGCCUCAGCGGCUCUAAUUGUUUACGACCAUGUAAUAACGUUUGAUCAGGAGGUGGAUCUGUUUUGGACCGGUCGACGAGAUGCAUCAAGAUUUUUCUAUCUUAGCAUACGAUAUUUAGGAUUAAUUCAAGCAUUUAUUUCAGUGUACCUGCACUUUCAUGUUUCCGACCCUACUGGAUUUCUUAUUGCAAAUGUCGCGUUGAUAACUCUGGGCGCGGCGCUGUGUCAAGCUGUCAUCGCUCUCCGUGUUUGGUACCUGUUCGUGAAGAAUAAGCAAAUAAGAAUAUUUGCUGUGUCUCUAUACGUUGUGUGCAUAGGGUCGACAGUGGCGUUCACUGGCUCUCUCUUCGACAAAAUGUUUCAGGAAAUGGUGAAUCCGAAUUUCUCCCGGAGCCCGACGAUUUUCGCCAUCGUAUACGUGCCUGGUUUUGUAGACCAUAGCGUGCUUUUUGCCCUCAAGGUAUACAGGUAUAUGACGAGCGACCGAUUUCAGAGACGCUCUUCACUUCUAGAAGGGUUUUUGAAAGAGGGGUUGAUUAUGUAUGCAUGCGCGACUGGAUCGCUUCUGUAUACAAUCAUUGCUCUUUCAUUGAGAAAUCCUUCGCAGCUGGAUGUUUACUACAUAGGCUUACAAGGCGGAUUCGUCGUCGGUGCAACCAUUGUCUCCGUCUGCCACGCAUUACUCAGCAUUCGAUCCAUAUCUGCGACGCUCCACGUCGAUCCGGCGUGGCUCCUCAACCAUGCAGAACUCAGUCGUGUCCAAUGGACCAAGGGAAAUAGCGAAGGCGAGAUUUUCGUUGGGCUACACGGUUUCAGCGAUGCAGAACUCCCUAUGACAAAUCUUUCUCACACGGUGGCUCCGAAUGCGGUGUCGUCUUCGAGAGGAAGGGAUGGCUUCGAUGGUCUAAGCACUCCCACGAAGAGAGUUGAUAUUUUGGUCGUCAAUACAUUAUAG